ACGAGAUGAAGCCAGCAUUCGACAAGAUCAUUGUCGUCGGAGCAGGACCGUCAGGACUUCUCCUGUCACUGCUACUCAUCAGAGCUGGCAUAAAGGUGCACCUUCUGGAUGCUGCUCCUACACUAGAUGAUCAGCCUCGUGCAGCACACUAUGGACCUCCUGCUAUUCCAGACCUUCGACGAGCAGGUAUCCUUGACAAGAUCAAAUCUCAAGGCUUGACUCUCAACACAAUGUGCUGGCGAAAGCUCGAUCAGACAUACAUCGCGGGCAUGGACACCAGUGAGACUUUAUCGAACGAUCCUGAGUAUGGCGAUGUGAGGACUGUUAGUCUCGCUUUGCAAACACUGGACGCCCUGAUGUUGGAAGANUUUCGAAAAGAGGGCGGCCAAGUCAGCUGGGAGCACAGCGUAUUGGAGGUCCAGCAAGAUGAAUCGAAAGCUUGGGUGAAGGUGCAAACGCCAACGGAGAAGGAGAAAAUCAUCGAAGCCGACUAUGUCGUGGGCUGUGAUGGCGCAAACAGCAUCGUCAGAAAGAGCCUGUUCGGCGAGGACUUUCCUGGGUUUACCUGGAAUCAGAAGCAAAUUGUUGCGACAAACUUUGGUUAUCAUGAUGCGAACUUCAUCAUAGAUCGCGAUCACCUAUACAUGGCAGCGAUCAUUGACGACAAGGGGUUGUGGCGUGUGACAUACGGCGAAGAGCCUGGCCUCACACGAGAGCAACUGCUAGAGCGUCAGCCCAAGAAGUUUGAGACCAUCUUACCUGGAAACCCAAAGCCUGGCGAUUAUGAGAUGGUCAACUUUUCGCCGUAUCGAAUGCAUCAGAGAGUGGCCGAAAAGUUCAGAGUCGGCAGAGUCAUGUUGGCAGCAGAUGCGGCGCACCUUUGCAAUCCNAUUCUGACAGUAUUCUGUAGUGGUGGCCUCGGCAUUACUGGCGGCUUUGUUGAUGUUGGCUGUUUGUUCGACUGUUUGUAUGGCAUCUGGACGCAUCAGGCGGACGACUCAAUCCUGGAUCUGUAUUCGAAAGUGCGACGACAGAAGUACAAGGAGAUCAUUGAUCCAAUCUCGACAGAAAACUUCAAACGUGUUUUUGACCAAGAUGCGGAAGUUGCGGGCGAGAAAGACCACUUCCUAGUCUUGUGUAAAAAAGCGGCCGAAGACAAGGACUUUGCUCGGCAGAUGCAUUUGUACUAUCGCAAGAACAAGAGCAGGGGACUUGUGGUUGAUGAUGCGAAGUCAGAUUUCAGCGUGGAGCAUAUCGAGGAGGUUGCGCCAACAGGAGCAGAC